ACAACACUGCUGGCCGUCAGGCAGUAGGCCUAGAAUGAAAGGCUUAUGUCAACGAGGAAAAUGCACUUUCCGGCGAGAAAAUUGUGUUGAGAAAUCCAAGCUGAAAGACACUGGGAAAAUCUCAACUGCUCGAAAAAGAAAACGUUCAAGAUCCUCUCAAGACUCCUGCCUGAAAAAGCCUUCCUAAGACUAGACCAUGAAGUCUCUCGCUCCUCGCCAGGAUGGACCCAAGUCCUUGUCCAUCAAGCUGAAGCUCCCGAAUCGCGUCCAGCCGGAGUUCAUGCCCCCGCCGGGCAAGUGCGGUCAGUACACGAACAAGAUGCACUACUUCAAGAAGCAUCUGCUCGACGAGGUCUGCAAGAAAAAGUUCGCCCUGGACUUCCUGGAGCCGGUGGACACGGAGGCCCUCCAGGUGCCCACCUACUACACGGUCAUAGACCGGCCCAUGGACGUGGGCACCAUAACGAAGCGGGUCCAGAACAACUACUACCGGCUGGUGGACGAGGCCGUCGCCGACUUCCGCCAGAUCAUCCGGAACUGCUUCACCUUCAACCGACCUGGGGACGUCGUCUACCGCAAGGGCCAGAUGCUGGAGAAGUUCUUCCUGAAGAAGAUCAAGGCCAUGCCGAAGGGCCCGGAGCUGCCCUGCAACAAGGACCCCCGGGCGGUGGGCAAGCCGCGGCUGAACGCCAAGGCGGUGGCCACCUCCGCCCAGACGGAGCACAUCUGCCGGGAGCAGCUCAAAAAGCUGCAAGCGGUCACCAACCAGGCGGACACCACAGCCCGAAACUUCUUCAACUCCAAGUGGGACUCGCUGCAGAAGAAGCUGGACAAGCACUACUUCAAGACCGUCGAGGAGUUCCGCUCGCACGUGGACGGCAUCUUCAAGAAGUACCACGAUCCGGCCAAGAUGAUCUACGAGAAGGCCUUCGACCAGCUGGGAGGCUGGAACCCCACAGCGGAGCGGGGCAUUCCCGGCCUGACGGAGACAGACCUGGACGAAAUCUUAAAAGCGGCCAAGCUGGCAGAGGGCGGUCUGAAGCAGUGCCUCCAGCCACAGUGCCUGUGGGAGCCCGCCAAGGCCCGCAGCCUGGUGGAGGCCCUCUGCGAGUCCCUGGCCAAGAUGAAGCAAAAGGUGGAGGCGGCCAGGCCGGCUAAGUCCAUGCUGGACACUCUCAACGACAGUAGCAGCCAAGGCGAGGACCUUGCCGAGAGGCAGGUGGUGCCUGCCGUGGACCUGCUCUCGGCCGCUGAGCUGGAGAGCCUGCUGGCCGUGGAGGGCGAUGACUCCUCCGACGACGAGAUGGUCGAGAACCCUCCUGAGUCGGUCAGCGACGUGGAGCGUCGCACCAUCCAGAAGCUCUUCGCCAAGCUGCCCUCGCCGGCCAUGCGCGAGAUCGUCCACCUCAUCCACCAAAUCGAGGGCCUGACCUCCGAGGACGGGGAACUCAGCUUCGACGUGAAGGAGUUUGCGCCGGACACCCUCGCCCUGAUGAAGCGGGCCGUGGCGAAGGCGAUGAGGGCGCACAGCAAGCUCAACUUGCGGGACAUGGCUUCCUCGGAGAAGGGCGAGCUCCAGCGCACCCUGCAGACCCAGUUGGUGGACAUCUCCAAGCUCCUGAACAGGAGUCGCCGCCGGAACGCUGCUCCCAUGACCAGUCGGAACAUCAAGAAGCAUCCCAAUGUGGUCAGAAAGCGGGAACGGGCACCUCCUCCGCCCAAACCAAAGCCGCCGCAAGUGAUGGUAUUCCAUGGGGCCGGGGAGGGACGCAACCUGAGCGACACUAGCGAGGACUCCUCGGGUCCCCCCAGCCCGCAAAAGCCGUGUCCUUCGCUUGCGCCCCUGCCGCGUCUCCCCCGGCGACCGGACGGCGUUCCACCCCACACUAUUGUGAACGAGGAUCUCCAGAUGAGCAGCAGCAGCAGCUCAGACUCCAAGAAGGGCAAGUCCGGAUCAAGCAGCUCCUCCAGCUCCAGUUCCAGCUCCUCCUCCAGCUCCGGCUCGGGCUCCGGCUCCAGCUCCAGCUCGAACAGCAGCUCCAGCUCCAGUAGCGACUCCUCCGACGGGGAGGCGUCCUCUGCGGUUCGGGGACACCAUAAGAAGCACCAAAUGGGAAAGGGCAAGGGAAAGUGAGUUCCCGAAGCUUCUCAUUUAAAUUCAAAUAAAUCUGAAAAAGACUCGAAUCGAAGGGUUUU